AGUUGUUUUCAACCUAAGGAAAGAAGGAAGUUUAAAAGAAAACCAGUUUAAAAGAAAACUUGAGUUGUGUAUUGAAUUAUUUGAUAAACCGAAACAAGAUGAAAAUGUUUUACGAUCAAGUUGAUAAAGCACAUUUCAAGGAAUUUAUGGUGGGAAUCAAGCCAAAUCAUUAUGAGAGUACAAACACAAAACGUGUUAGAUUCAUAAUAGCAGGGGCUAUGGUAAUGUUUCUAAUGGUACUCAUUCUGAUUAUUACAUGUGUCUAUCUAUCUCUGAAUUCUGCCUCCCAGUCAGAUAUUGCUCACCAGAAACAACAGGAAAACACUGUCGAGUUCACCCCAGGUCUGUUUGCAUAUGGUCCAGAUAAGAAUGGUUUGAUAAGCUUCAGUCCACGUGAUCAUAUGACAUACAUGAAUUACUUCAACAGACUUGAAUCAAGUCUCGCAGAUUACAGCACCCUGAGACAAUCAGCAAACCUUGACAGGUACAUACACUGUGAUGAUAAUACUACUAAAGUACCACACGGUAAAGUUUGCAUGCUGACCCUGGACAAAUUUGGAGAUAAUUGCGCCAGUUUUGACAUGUAUGGUAUCAAUGAAGGGCGACCAUGUGUCCUGCUGGUUUUGAGACCUGAUGAUAACAUGACACCACAGCCAUUUGACUUCAGUGAUGGUAAGAAUGUUGACAUAAAGAAGAAGAUUGGGAAUAGGUUCUCCAGUAAGAGUGUAGCUGUGAGUUGUGAGGGGAAGACUGACAAAGAUCAAGCUCUAAUGAUGAGAGAUAAUUACACAGCUAUGGUUGAUUAUAAUCCUCCAAAAGGUUUUCCCUUGUUUUACUUCCUGGAGAGAAAGACAGAUGGCUACUUGUACCCGGCUGUGAUGGUUCAGUUCAACACAGUCCCACCAAACACUCGGGUUAACAUUGUUUGUACAGCGUGGGCAAAAAAUUUCAACAACGGUCAGCCGCAGAGCGGUCAGAAAUACUCCACUGAGUUUGCUAUCCUCUUGAAAUAAUAAUGCAAUACACAACCCACUAUGAUAUAUUGACUCCUUUCCGGCCAGAAGACCAAUAAAUAGGUAUUUUUAAAAAUGCUGAUAAGCCUCUCUGGCUGUGAUGUAAUUUUUGCUCAUUAGGAUUUCCUCAUUCCAUAUAUCCCAGAUACUUAACACUUGUUAGAUUUGUACUUAGGUAUGUGAAAAUUGAUUCUAAUUAAAUUCGUCAACAAUCCAUUUAUAUUUUUACAUUCUAUAUACAUUUUAUAAUUUUUUGUUCAUAUUCUGAAAAAAUUUCAAAAGUUUGUUACUUUCAUGAAGAAAAGGUUGUUGAAAUUUUAAUGAUUUAAAAAGAAAAAUACAUAUCUUUGUUACAUUAUUUGUUGUGAAUUUUUAGCUUGAUUAUUCGGAUAAUUGUAGGGCUAUCCUACAAACACAUGCUUUAAACGUAACACUUUGGUCAAGUUUUAUAUGCCACUUAUUGUACUGCAUCAUAUCACAUCAACCAUUUUUGCUUUUCACUUAUUUUAGAUCAUUAUAAUAGGUCACUAUCAAAGUUCCAUAAGUCUGACAUGGUUUUUGACUGAAUUAUUAAAACUUGUGCAACAUCAAUCUUCAAAACUACUGAUGGCAUUCACUUAAAACUUUUUUAUGCAUGUUUUUAUGACUGUAACUGGAUGUCACUUUCAAAAGGCCCUUUACUUUGACAUACAUGUAGAUUUUGACUGAAUUAUGGCCUUUUGUGAACUUGAAAAUUCUUGAUAAAAGUAAAGAAAUUAAUUUGAAUCUUUAAUUAUGUCUUUGCGACCAUAUCUGGCAACCAUUUUCCAAGGCUGAUACCUCUGACAUGCAUAUUUGUUAAUUUAUGAAGUUUGAAAAUUCUUAAACUGUUCAAAACUACUAAAGAUAUUCAUAUGAAACUGAAUUAAUACAUGUCUUUAGGACCAUUAUGGGAGUCCCUAUACAAAGCCCAUAACAGUUGUUACAUGGAUUUUGAUUGAUAGAUGGCCCUUUAUCAAAUUACAAAACUACAAGACUCAUAAUCAUGACAUUUAUAUUUUUAUUGAAAUCCUCCUCUAAAAAUGUUGAUUAUUACAUCACACUGAAGAUCAAAUGAGCCGCAUCACGACAAAACCAACAUAGU